GGACGACCCGCCAUGCAUUGUGGGAAUGGCUUGCCGCCUUCCCGGCAAUGUCUGUUCCCCAGAAGACUUAUGGAAACUCAUGGUCGACGAAAAGUCAGCCCAAGGUCCUGUUCCGCCUGAGAGGUACAACAUCAAGGGGUUUUACCAUCCAGAAGGCGGUGCCCGCAGUGGUUCAACGAACGUACCUGGUGGGUACUUCAUCAAGGAAGAUGUCCGCGAGUUCGACAACAACUUCUUUGGCAUCAACAACCUGGAAGCGACGUAUAUGGAUCCGCAGCAACGAAAGUUGCUCGAGGUGACUCUGGAAUGCCUUCAAAGCUCCGGCACGACAAUGGAUAGCAUUUCGGGCUCCAUUACUGGAGUCUAUGUAGCGAAUUUCUCGGUCGACUACCAACCGGGACAGACGCGCGAUCCAAAUUAUAUACACAGAUACACAGCAACGGGCUCGGGAGCGACAGUGAUGUCGAAUCGAAUCAGUCAUGUUUUCAACCUCAAUGGACCAAGCUUCACUGUUGAUACAGCUUGCUCCUCAUCAAUAUAUGCUCUCCACCAAGCAUUGAACGCAAUGAAGACUGGUGAUUGCGAAAGUGCUAUCGUAGCCAGCGCGAACCUGAUGUUGUCGCCAGAGCUUCACAUAGGUGCCGCAAAGAGUGGCGUUUUGUCGCCGACCGCACAAUCUCACACUUUUGACAUAUCUGCCGAUGGGUAUGGUCGAGCAGAGGGUGUGGGCGCUAUAUAUGUGAAGCGACUUUCUGCCGCAUUGCGGGAUGGAAAUCCCAUCAGAGCGGUCAUUCGAGGAAGUGCUGUGAAUGCGAGUGGGCGCACGCCAGGAAUCUCGCUACCGAGCGGUAAGAUGCAGGAAGUUGUUAUGCGCAAUGCAUACAAGGAUGCGGGUCUAGAUGUUUCGGGGACCGAUUACGUCGAGUGCCACGGCACCGGCACUCCAGUUGGAGACCCCAUAGAAGUAGAUGCUGUGGGAAGAGUUUUCUCUCCACGAGAGGGCGCUCCACUUCUGAUUGGCUCGGUGAAAACGAAUGUUGGCCAUAGCGAAGCAGCCAGCGGUCUGACCUCCAUCUUCAAAGUUACAAAAGCCUUUGAGAAUGGCCAAAUACCGCCUACCUACGGAGUAAAGACACUAAACCCAAAACUCAUUUUGGCAGAACGAAAUGUCAAAGUUGCUACAAAGGUAGAGGAAUGGCCACGUCUGCUACGUCGAGGGAGCAUCAACUCGUUCGGCUAUGGUGGUGCGAAUGCACAUGUCAUUCUCGAAUCGAUCGACAGUUAUCUCAGCCAAAAGAAUCCACCCGCCAAUACUAUUGGUCUUCCCAAGAAUGAUAACUCUACGAAUGGAGCUUAUGCCAAUGGAAAUGGAACCCAUGCAAAUGGAAACGGAGUUCAUACAAAUGGAAACGGAGCUCACACGAAUGGAAAUGAAAUUCAUACAAAUGGAGUCCAGCCAAACGGCGGCAAGACAAACGGACAUUUGAACGGAGAUCCAUGCACAGAAGCAAUUGACCAACUCUUGGUGCUCCCGAUAUCAGCAGCAUCGCCAAAAUCGCUACAGAGGCUCAUCCAACAGAUUUCCAGCACAACAUCUGAAAGUCAAUCUGUACAAAUGCUGCAAAGCGUAGCCCACACCCUAAGCAAAGGCCGGGAUCAUCUUCGACAUCGCAGUUUUCUUCUCGCUUCGGUUGAUGGAGUUAAGACACCCCCAGCUGACGCAACCAUUGGCUCAACAACCGAUCCUCUGCCAUUCGGUUUCGUGUUCACCGGGCAGGGAGCACAGUAUGCUGGCAUGGGCGAGGAACUAUUGCACCAUAGCCAGGUCUUCCGCGAGACUCUCCACGAAUUAGAUGAUGUCUUGCAGGCACUUCCUGCACCAUACACCCCAUCCUGGACUCUCGAGCAAACGCUUCUCGAUGACAAAGAAAUCAGUCGCAUCAACGAGGUCACCCACAGCCAGCCAAUUUGCACCGCUGUGCAGAUCGGACUAGUCAAUCUGUUGAAGAGCUGGGAAAUCAAGCCCAAUGCCGUGGUAGGGCAUUCGUCAGGAGAGAUCGCCGCAGCGUAUGCUGCUGGCUUCCUCAGUGCGUCACAAGCUAUCCUCGUUGCCUACUUCCGUGGUUACGCAGUUGGCCAGCUGCGCACGAAAGGUGCCAUGAUGGCGGCUGGCUUGGGUUUCGAGACUGCUCAGGCACUCAUUGAAAGUAAGGGUCUUGAGACACAGGCUCGUGUAGCAUGUAUCAAUUCUCCGGAAAGUGUCACCUUGAGCGGCUCUUCGGAUGCUAUUGAGAGUCUACUCGACGACCUACAGAGCCAGAAUAAGUUUGCAAGGAAGCUGCAGACAGGCGGCCGUGCCUACCACUCGCAUAUGAUGGAAGAGGUCGGCCAAUUGUAUGAAGACCUUCUGACGGCUGUAUUCCACCGCGCGCCAAAGGCGGGGGGUCAUGUGAAUGGCUCAGUUGUCAAUGGUUCAGACCCCGUCGCCAAGGAGACAGAGGACGUCGAGAUGUACUCCUCAGUCGGCUACAGCCCUGAUGUUUUACGAGUUAUGGAUUCGAAGAGUGUUGGAGCAGCCUACUGGCGCCAGAAUCUUGAGCAGCCCGUCCAGUUCAGCGCGGCAUUGACAUCGCUCGUAACAGACAGAAAGAAACUCCACUUGAUUGAAGUUGGAUCGCAUAUGGCUCUCAAGGGACCCAUUCAGCAGAUCCGGAAGGCUGCUGGUCUGGAUCAGAAGAACGUUCCUUACUCCUCGACGCUAGUCAGGAAUGAAGAUUCAAAUUUCUGUAUCAAGACUCUCGCCGGUACACUCUUCACAAAGGGCUAUCCCUUGGCAUGGGACCACGUUAACACACUCGGCAUCUCGUCAAAGCACAAAACAAAGCCCAGGAUAGUCUAUGAGAUGGCGAAAUACCCAUGGGACUACUCCAGUGGCUUGAAUUGGAGCGAGCCUCGUGCGAGCGUCGAGCUGCGCGCCAGAAAGCACAUGCGCCAUGAGCUCCUUGGGACAGCUGCUCUCACUGGCAAUGGCAUCGACUUCACCUGGCGUAACAUUCUGAAACCCAGCGAGAUGCCAUGGAUCAAGGACCACAAGCUAGAGGGGCAAGUUGUCUUUCCUGCUGCGGGCUUUAUCGCAGUCGCUGUUGAGGCCGUCUCUCAGGUUACAGGUAUCAAAGAACAACUAGAGAAGAGACAACACGAUCUCGGAUUCGAACUUCGUAAUGUCACCGUCAUUGCCGCGCUGAAUAUACCAGACGAGGAGGAUAGUGCUGGCAAGGACUUGGAGCUGCACACAACCAUGUUUUUGCGCAAGAUCUCAGGGGCUAAUACCUCAGCCGACUGGCAUGAUUUCUCGAUCUCAUCUCUCUUCUGGACGUCAAGCCAAGCCACUCUCCACUGCACAGGCAGCAUCCGAGUCACGCGAGGCAAGAGAGAAGGCGAUGUUGGCAUGAAGGUGAACAAUGCCGAGGGAUUCGACUUGUGGUCUUCGACGAAUCGUUGGUACACCAAGUGGGAUCAAGAAGGGCUAUGUUUUGGACCCCAAUUCAAAUCACUGACCAGCCUCCGGACGGACAGCGUACAGACGCGACACGAAGCCAUAGCCACGGCGAAAAUAGAACCAAAGGUUGUUGGUGGACCAUUUGAAUUCUACUCCGUGCAUCCGAUUACCAUCGAUGCAGGACUUCAAGCUGCGUGCUUGAGCGGCACAGCUGGUCGUGUAGCUACGCUCAAGGCAUGGCUUCCUGUCUUCAUUGCUGAGUGUUUCAUCCAGCCGCCAACAGGCGCAACAGAUAACGAGGUCGAAGGAGAGAUACAUGUGAAGUCUGAAGAAAUGGGCUUCUCCAGCAGACGUAUCGAUGGUACAAUCUGGAACACGAAUGGGACACCUGUGGUGGAGUUCAGAGACUCACGAAUCGCUCUUUACACUGGAAAGAACGCCCUCAUCCAUGCAGACGCUGCCGAGGGUAACGGUACUGCUAAUGGCUUUAGCGAUCCAUUAAGCAAAUACAUGCAGCGCCAACCAACCCUCAGAGUACAGUGGAAACCAGACGUCCUGAGGCUCGGCCCAGACGCAGUUGAGGAACUCCGAGCGUACAUUACCACUUUCCUAGAACAGCAAGACCCAGAUGUAAGGGACGAUGAAAGUCUCGCAGUCAUCGGUGCUCUCUUAGAACUGGCUGGCCAUAAGAAUCCACGCAUGCGCAUUUUGGAACUGGGUGGCGAUGCCCAGGGAUACAAAGCUAAACAAUGGCUGGAUAUGCUGGGUAAGGAGACAGCAUUCUCGCUUUGCCGAUCGUGGCAUGCAGGUACAUUGACAGAGAACGGAGAGAUCACAAUCAAAGACGAUGUUGAAGGGCCUUUCGAGGUUCUUGUGGUGCCAAAACAUGCCACAUUGACGUCCGAAGAUGGUUGCGAGCAGAUUGCCGACCGGAUUGCCGCGUUGGUUGGCGAACAAGGGAUUGUGAUCUGCCGAAAGUCAGCUAAAGUUACGAAUACCUUGCAAAAGGCUGGAUUUGACGUACUGGAUGUGGGAACCCAAGUCCUCCUAGCUGUCCGACCAGCACAAACCUCCAGCCUCCAAGGCAGAAAUGCUUUCAUUCUGCAAGCAGAGAAUUGCUCCAGUACCAUUGGCAAGUUCUCGGAUAUUUUGGCCGCAUUCUUAGAAAAGAACGCUGGAGUCGCACAAGCUCGUGUGCUUGGCUUGCACCAACUGAACGACGUUCAUAUCGAUCAAAGCGAUCUCUGUAUCUCUUUGAUCGAGACAGAACAUGAAUCGCUAGCCACUCUGUCGCCAGAAGCUAUGGACAGUCUCCGUGCGGUCACCAAUACCGUCACCGACCUGCUCUGGUUAACAGGAGCCAACAUGCUGGGCAAGAUUCCUGAUCCUAACCUCACACUAUCCAGUGGCCUUUCGCGCGCUUUGAUGCUCGAGCAGCCCACCCUCCGAUGGUCCGUGCUUGAUAUUGGGUCGUCAAUGAAGCAAUUGGCAGAUCAAGUCCAUGCCAACCAUACCUGCAGCAACGUUGUGAGAGCAGUUGUUGCCCGAUAUGAGCGAGACGACUGCGAGUUCAUAUCGGUGGAUGGACUUCUCAAUGUGAGCAGAUACUAUCCUGACUUUGGAGUCAACUCGCUAUUUCGCCAGCGACUGGAAGCACAAUCCGAGACAGAGAAGCAAACACUGGGGUCGAUUGGCUCAGCCCGGCUGUCAAUUGGGCGGCCUGGGGCGACUGAUACCAUUUAUUUCCAGCAACUGUGCGAGCUCGAGCAAACGCAACCACCUGCGGCAGGCUAUGUUGAGAUUGAGGUUAAGGCCGUGAGUCUGAACGCAAAGGAUGUGUACGCGAUGAGCGGGCGCGUCGAGACGCGAGAGGUGACAACGGGCUUUGACUUUUCGGGGAUAGUGACAGCAGUGGGAUCCACCACAAGCGAGCAGCCAUUCCAAAUCGGGGAUCGUGUGGUCGCCUGUGCCCCUUUUCAUAUUGGCACUACAGCUCGUGUUCCCGCAAGCUGCGUCCAUCGAUUGCUGGAGCAUGAAGAAUACACCGUCGUGCCAACUUUGCUCCUGGCCUAUGCGACAGCGCUCUACGCCCUGAAUGGCCGCACCCAUCUUCGCGCCGGCGAGUCUGUUCUGAUCCAUGCUGGCUCAGGUGGCGUUGGGAUUGCGGCUAUUGCACUUGCACAGCAAAUUGGUGCUAAGGUCUACACAACGUGCAGCUCGCCAGCCAAGCGCGACUAUCUGAUCAAUGAGCUUGGAGUUGAUCCUGAUCACAUCUUCAGCUCUCGUGAUGCGUCCUUUGUUCCCGCCAUACUGGCUGCCACGGAUAGUCAUGGUGUCGAUGUCAUUAUCAACUCGCUGGUGGGUGACCUGAUGCACGAUGGCUGGCAGAAAUGUCUUGCCGAUUUCGGUCGCUUUGUGGAGAUAGGGAAACGCGAGCUGUUGGAUGCCGGUCGCCUUGAUAUGCGCACUUUCCUUCGGAAUGCUACGUUUACGGCCUUUGAUCUCUCUGAUCUCUUCCAUUCCAAGAGCCCCUUCUCAAACGCCACUUGGGAUCGCCUAGUGGCCGAGACGCUAGAGCUUUAUCGCGCCGGCAAGAUCAAGCCUCCUCCCAUGGAAGUGUUUGAUGUUACCCGCGUGGCACAAGCAUAUCGCUUCUUUGCUCACAAGGACCGUGUUGGCAAGGUCGUCAUUUCUAUGGAGAAUCCCCAGGCGCGGGUUCCUGUUUCUCCAGCCAACUAUCUGACCUUGUUUGAUCCAAAGAAGGUGUACCUCUUGAUCGGAUGUCUGGGUGGCCUCGGCCGCAGUUUGAGCCGAUGGAUGAUGACUCGCGGUGCCCGAAACUUUGUCUUCGUAGGACGUUCCGGGGCAGAUAGGCCAAGUGCUCAACAGCUAGUGUCUCGAUUGGAGCAGAAUGGGGCCAAUAUUGAUGUGGUUCGGGGUGAUGUUUCGAGUGCUGCUGAUAUCAAAAAAGCAGUCGAAGUUUGUGCGGCUAACGGACGACAAAUUGGAGGUGUGAUCCAAGCUGCUAUGGGACUCCAUGAGGCUCUUUUCACAAAGAUGUCCAACGAUGCUUGGCACACAGGUAUCGAUCCCAAGUAUCAAGGAACUUGGAACCUUCACAAUGCACUCGAAGGGCACGACCUCGACUUUUUCCUCCUCACUUCAUCUGUUUCUGGCACAGUGGGCACAGCCACAGAGAGCAAUUACUGUUCAGCCAACGGUUUCCUCGAUGCCUUCGCAAAAUGGCGCCGCUCUCUCGGCAAGCCCUGCGUAUCAGUGGGUCUGGGCAUGAUUUCAGAAGUCGGCUACCUCCACGAGAACCCCGAAAUCGAGGCGCUCCUACUCCGCAAAGGUAUCCAGCCCCUGAACGAGGAUGAGAUGCUGCAAGUCAUCGAUCUGGCCCUGGCGAGCGAGGCAUCCGGUAGUGUUGCCGAAGCACAUAUGCUCACGGGUCUAGAGCCAGCAGCUGUCCGUGAGCUGAGCGCCCGCGGUUUCGAUGUCAUGACCCAUGGAGUCCUCAUUGAAGCACGUUCCAGUCUCCUUCUGGCCUCCCUUCAAGCGGAACAAGAAGCUGCAGCCGCAGCUUCAUCCCAGCUGCAAGGUGCCCACGAUGCAACAAUGGCUAAAGCAGCUGCGCCUUGGUUCAAAGAUGUGCCCAACACGCUGACGGCAACAUUCGCACCGGAAGCCAGCGCCAACACAAUGCACGAGGCCAUUCUGAAUUUGAUUAAGAAGCGCUUUUCGAAUUUGAUUUUGAUGCCGUUAGACCAGGUCGACGAGGAGAAGCCGAUGCCGGAUUUCGGUAUCGAUAGUAUGAUUGCGUCUGAAUUCCGUUCUUGGUUUUGGGCUGUUUUCCGGGUCGAUUUGCCAUUUUUAGACAUCACGAGCCCGCAGAAGACAUUGCUGGGCCUGGCAGAUUUUGUACAGGGGAAGAUAUUAUAAAGGUACAAGUUCGGCGCAUAUUGUUAAUUCCAUAGGGGUUUUAGAAUUUAGAAUUAAGAUGUUUGCCUAGUCUUCCUCG